GCAACUGAACGAGAAAUUGAAGACAGAAUGGCCAUGUUAAAAGAAAAAAUAUGGCUUAAUCGGCAGCAAAUCAAAGAUUUAGAUGACGAACUAAAGAAGUGUCGACUGAAUAAAUUUAAUAAGAAGCAGGCACAGAUUAAAGCCAAGUUAAAUACAAGGCUUCUAUAUCUUGAAAUUCAGAAGCAAAAUACCAAUACUCUUAAAUAA